CAAUAGAGGCGAGGAGUUCCGUUCGCUCUGACGUCGUGUCACAUGGCUAUCCAAAAUGGCGACUGACAGGAAACUUCCGCUGCUUGCAGGAAUAUUUGGAUUGAUUAUCGCUGGAGUUGUUUCCCAGGAACUAAUCGUGACACAUGCUCCGAAGUAUGUUCACUUCCAGGAACAGUCAGAGAAGCUUCAGACAAGUGAUGUUCCUAAAGUCAUCUCCCAUACCCUCGGAGUUCCAGCAGAGGAGGUGUCAUGGAAUGGCCUUCAGCAUGGAUCAUUGUUCAAACGACCCAAAGCCAAUGUUUUAAUCUCUGUGACAGGAUAUGACGGCAUCAAGCAGAAUCCACUUAAAAUAAAGAGCAUUGCAAAGUACCCAGUCACAAGUGACGUGCCAAGUGUAGAUAUCGGGGAUCUGAUGAACGACCUUCAGAACACAUUCUUCGACAAAACUCCUCUCCUCUUGGAUGCUGGACUAGAUAACAGUUUUUUUGACGUACACUCAGACUUUGAUGUGUUCCGUAAGAUACCCGACACUAUGCGUCGUAUGGCUGAUCGACUGACAGAUCCCGACUCGCUCCUUCAGACCCUGACAACUGGCACACUCAACUCCUCAUCACCAACCCACCUUAAACUGAUGGGUGAACUCCAGAUGAUCCAAGACGUCUUUAACACUUUGUCGGACAAACCAGAGAUGCUUUCAUCCAAAUCGCCCGAUCUUCUGUCCUUCAACAUCGGUGGUCUUAGAGACGUCGUUGGAAAACAUGGUGCUGGAUCAUCGGAGGCAGCAGAUGCAUCAAACCUAGUCACCGACUUUAUUCAUAAGAUCACGGACGACUUCCGUCACCUCUACAAAGACAAUGUUAUGGUGGAGGUAUUGACCUUGACCCCAAAAGCCGAAGGUUUUGUAAGGAAAGCGAGAAGCCUCAAGGCUGCUGAGGUGACGAGCGAUAUACCAGACAUGAACCUGUCCAAAGAUUACGACGAGGACUACGCCAGCGUGUUUAACAUAAUUCUGUGGUUAAUGAUCGUCAUGGCCAUCGUCUUGUUCGCUGUCUGCUACGGUAUGUGGAAUAUCGACCCCGGGAGGGACAGCAUCAUUUAUAGGAUGACCACCACACGACUAAAGAAGGACUAGAUCUAUAUAGACUUCCAUGUUGGUUUAUUCGUGACUAGAUGUGUUUGUAAGAUGAUAACUGUUGAGUAGAAGAUGUUGAUCAGUUUAAAGAUAUACAAACGUUUUUCAUUUAGUAAAAAGACAAUUUUACGAAAAAAAAUUUUUUUACAAUGUCAUUAAAAUCACAACCAUCAGACUAAGAAAACAGCGAGUUAAACAGAUUUCAGAUUGGUUUAAGAUAAAAAUAUACCAACGUAGAAAUACUUAUAUAAAAACUGGAACAAAAUUUAAAUACAUGUAUGUAUUUGUUAUUUCAUUUGAUUGAUUGUAGUAUUGUAUAGAUGUAACUGUUUUGUAAUAUUUUUUUUUUAUCAAGAAUGUACAUAUAUGUAUCUAGUCUUGUUUUAUCAGAACAUAAUGAUCAUGAUUUGAUUUAUCGGUGUUGCUAUUUAUUAAAAUGAAUUAAAAUCUUUAUAUAGAUAUGUAUCGUAUUGAACGUCGAUCGUAAGAUGUUGGUGUGGAUGUGAUAUUACUUACACUGCUAUCUCAGUCCCUAUCCCCUGUAUAUUAUGCUAAUUAUAUAUAAAAAUCCACCAGCGUAGUCGGCAGAUGUUGUCCUGUGACCUUGAAUUUAAAUAUCUGACAAUAUUUUAAAUCAUUAUAGAUUCUAUUGUUCUUGUUUAGAAUCUUAUAUUGAAAAGUUGCAGAUAAUUAAGGAAACAGUUAAUAUAGAAUUCACCGUCUUGGUACACGUCUUUCGACUGCGCAGACUUUGUGAAGAUGAUGUGAUAGUGUUGUUUAGAGAGUGUGUGUAAUUAAACAGCUAUUAAUUUAUCAGUUGUUAAUUAUGAUUGUAUUGUAUAAUAAAACAUUCCCCUGUUUAGUAUAAUUUUACUGAAAUACAUGUACUGGUAUCAUUUUUGCCGCAAUUGUAAUAAAUAUUAUCAUCAGAUAUUUUUUUGCCAUGUUUCAAGCUGAAAACAGUCUGUUUAAUUAGUUAGAAGGCAUAUUACUUCCCUAAAGUGAACAAAAAGUCACGAAUUUUCUGACACAGUUUAAAAAAAAACAUUUCGUUAUUUUCCCCCUUGCCACAGGCUUUUUCAGGUAGUGAUAAUAAUGAUCAUAUAGAAUUAAACCUAGUUGGGUGUUAACUUUCAAUCUUGAAAACAGAUCUAGACUUUUGUAUUACUGGGAAAGUUUUAAUUCCAACAGAGGUUUUAGAUCAACUUAAAAAAAAAGUUUGUCCCAAGUGGAGUCUAUAGAAGACGAAUCUGUUCAAUCAUGAAUCAUGUAGGUUUGCCCAAAUAGUCAGUAAAAAUUUCAAAAUUAAAUUUUUGUGUUGCUCUUUAUAAACUACACAUAUCAUCCACCUAGCGUGAAAGAAAUAUACAGGGUAACUUUUGACGCUGUCAUUCACAUGGUAGUGUAAUCUUCUCUCCGACAAGAAAGAAAAAAAUGAUGUCCGGAAUUUUUUUUUUCAUGUUUCACCAAACAAUUCCACUUUUCCAAUGUAACACAAAAUUCCAUCAGAAGUGCUGCAUUGAUCUUUUUCUUCUUAAAAAAGAAGGAAUUAUUAUAUUGUCAGCUCUGAAAACCUACUGUAUUGGUAAGUCUGCAGAGUUGCAUUGUAUGUAUAUAUGUGGUUAUGAUUUAUUGAUCUCUAAUUGUGAUAUAUUUUGCUUUUCAUCGUAUAAAUAGGUAUCCGAAUAAUCAAAAUUACUCGCCUGACAAACAUCGUAAAAGAGCAGAUUGGAGCUAAACCAUUGAUCAGUUGUAAAUUGUAAUUCAAUUUCAAACCAUUGUAAUACAUGUAGUGUAAUUUCCUGUGUAAACCCCAGCCAGGGGCUACAUAUGCUAUUGUUUAAAUCUGGAAAUUACGGUAUAGUGAUGUGUGGAUGCUCAUUUUAAAAUCUGAAGACUUGACCAUUUCAUUUUCAGUUUUAAUUGUCAUGAGAAUAAGGAGGUUUGGAAUGUUAUCAAAUCAUUGAAGAAUGGCCAAAUAAAGUUUAUUAAUUUUAGAAAAUUUUCCUUGAAAAAACGUUAGGGAAAUAAUUGAAGACUUGCUGUUAUUUUUUGGGGGAGACAAAAUGUAAGACUAAGAUGUUUACAAAUUGUAGUUGUAUUUAUAGGGAUGAAUAUAACAUUGAUUGCAUUUGUUUGAUAUUUUUUUUUUAAAAGUUGUAUAUGGGUUGAUAUUUUUGCCAUGUUUCCUACAAUCUAGCCAUUCCUGUGUUAAAGAUUAAUGGAAUCCUCCCAGACGUUGAGGGCGAGAAAUCUCCAACCCCCCGGGGCAACUUAUAGUUGUUUAAUCGGAGCAUCUGUCGAGAAUUGGACAUUCAAGAAUAUCGCCCCAAGGGUCGGAGAUUUGUCACAUCCUCUUGGUAGGGGAUACUUAUUUUUCUCCCAUCAUAAUAUUUUAUUUACGCAGGGUCCAGUUCAGAGUUGUUCAAAAAUUUUGAAAAAAAUUGUAAUACAAUGUUGAGGUGACCUAUUGUUUCUGUGACAUCAUUGUAUUGUUGCUUUGACAUCAUUGUUUUGAUGCUAUGACAUCAUUGUUUUGAUGCUAUCUGUCAUACCCUAGGGAGUGACGUAGAAAUCCUGGACAGGUGAACUGGAGACAGUUCUGUGAACGAUGGAAGAUAAACUUGUGAAAAAUGAGGGCGUUAAGGGUAGCUGUGGUGAAAGUGGUAAUAAAUAAUUGUGUUGUUUUUACAGCGUCAUUUCCGUGUAACCAAGAACAAAAUUAUUAAGUUUGUAAUUAUAGAUCGUCUCAUUCAUUUCCCCUUGUAUCAUCAUAUAUUACACUAUGUACAUGGUGGGUAGAUUUGUCAUAAAAAUAAAUAAGUAUACAAAAGUAUUAA